AUGGCUUCCAGCAGCGGUCAGAGGCGCGUAAAGACAGGCGACGAGCGUAGACCGGAAUGUAAGCGCUGCGAGAAAGCUGGCCGAUCGUGCUUCUUUUCUGAACGGCCUCGUGCCAACAGCCUAGAUGGUACUGCUCUGGGAAACAGUGAAUAUUUUGUCUUUCCAGAAGACCAUGUCUGGGUUAAUGUUCCGUCUUCUGUGCGCUUCGCUCAUCAAGUGCGUCUGAAGACACUGAAAGCCGGCCGAAGCCCUUCCAAUGUGCCAGAAAAGGACACAACAUCAAGUCAAACCAGCCCAUCAGCAUAUCAGCCACCUGCUCCAACGGAAAUUGAAUCUGACGGGCUCCAUAUGUCCCUGCCUCCAGUUUCGCCCUCUCUAUUAGGAGUUCACUCUUGUAGCCCAGCUACGAGUACUCCUGUUGGAAGCUUGAUCGGAGCUCUAAACUCAACUCUGCCCAUAUAUCUACCACAACCACGGGAGGCUUUGAAGGACCCAGAACAAGCGCGUCUGUUGACUCUCUAUACUGACCAUCUAAGCGGAUGGCUGGCAUUAAAUGAUCCAAGGCAUCACUUCUCGGCGUCUGUGCCUCAGCUGGCUAUGAAAUGUCCUAUGCUUCUCGACGCAAUCUUUGCAUUCUCGGCGCGGUAUCUGAGCCGCUCUGAUCCUAAUUUCAAUCCACUGCUGGCAGAUGAAUAUCAUUACAGUUGUGUACACCGACUUAUAGCCGCGUUGAAAGAUAUAGCAUGCGCCUCUGAGAGCGCACUGGCGCUAUCGACGGUGAUUCUUCGAAUGCACGAGAUGCUGAGCGAUCACAAUGCCGAGGGUGAUCUACAAAGCCAUUUGCGAGGAUCAUUAUCUCUUUUCAGCCAUAAUGCAAAUAAGUUUGGACCGGGCAGUCUCAAGCACACUGCGUUUUGGACAUAUGUCCGCCAAGAAAUCUUGACUGCUCUGCGCAGCUGUUGUCCGACUAAUAUCGACACCUCAGAUAAAACAUACUACGUCGUAUUUGACGGAGACUCAGAUGAUGAUUGGACAAACAACAUCAUCUGGAUCACUGCACGAGUUAUUAACCACUACUUUAGCCCAGACGUAUCCACAACAGCCAUUGAGCAUCACAACAUGUUGAUCAAGUUGGUGGAUGAUUGGCGGCAGGGCCUGCCGAAUACAUUUGGUCCGCUUUCUAUAGUGACUGAUGAUAACCCAUUUCCCGCGGUUCAUUAUACAUGUAUUUGGCACAGUAAGUCGUUUUGA